AACAUAAUAAAUUGCGUAAAUAGUUCAAGUACUUCUCAACACACAUCCACUCGAAAUCUGUCUCUAUAUAUAAAAGCAGGGAAAUCGAUACAGUACACCAAAGUGAUUCAAAAACAACUGAGAAGAAAUGCUGCACCAAAUCCUGCUAGCCUUGUUGGUUGCUGCCGCAUUUGCUGAUCAUCAAAAAUACCCCGGUACCAGUACCAGGCCAGUACUAUCCGAUGCUGAAGCUUCAAAGUACACCAAACAAGCUUAUUUACAAGGAUGGACUCCUGGUACCGUAUCAACUAGCAAAGCUGACUACACUGUGGGCAAAGGCGGCUAUGGUACCAUCCAGGCAGCUGUAAAUGCUGCCAUAAAAGCAGGAGGUACCACAAGAAAGUACAUAAGAAUCCUGCCGGGUACCUACAAGCAAGCAGUUUUGAUACCACAAACUUCUGUGCCAAUAACUAUUUACGGUACCCCUGGUAAACCAACUGAUGUGCACAUUGUUUUAUCGCAAGGUGCUAAUUUGAGUGGUUCCAAAUAUGCUCAGCAAGUGAACCCGAAUGGUGCCAACUACAAAAAUGGAGAUCCGGCUUGGUCAAUGUACAAUUCUUGCGCCAAAAGUGCUACAAUCGGAACCAGCUGUUCUAGUGUCUUUUGGGCCAAAAACGAUAAUUUCGAAAUCGCUUACGUUAAAAUCGAAAAUCCUUCUCUGGAUGGCCAGGCUGUAGCUGCCAGAGCUGAUGGAGACAAACAAAACUGGAACCAAGUACACUUCUACGGGUUCCAAGACACUUUAUUCACAAGUGGUAAAAGAAUGUACUUCAACAAACCCACUAUUACUGGAGAUGUUGAUUUUAUCUUUGGAUCUGCUUCGGCUGUAUUUGAAGGAGCUCAAAUCAUUGCCAGAGGCGACAGGCCUAGAAAUACGGCUAUAGUGUUUGCUCCGAAUACAGAAAACAGCCAAAAGUACGGCUACUUGGUUCUAAACAGCAAAAUUACCGCAGAUAACACUAUUAAGGCUAAUAAGGGCUGUUAUUUGGCUAGAGCUUGGGAUGCUAGUUCAAGUAAGCAACCUAAUGGCCAGGUUGUUAUAAGAGAAACUGAAAUUGUGGAUGUGAUAAAUGUGAAUGCACCAUAUGAGAAAGCCACGAGUGGCAGGAAAUUUGCAGGAAAUACAGCCACCAAUAGAAAUUUGGACGAUGGUAACUUUAACAGAUUCUGGGAGUACAAAAAUAAAGGUGCUGGUGCUUAAAAGGGCGACAAUAAAGAUUUAUUAGUAAUAAUUGUGUUUGUUUAUUUUUUGGGUAGAUGAA